GGGCGGGGAACCUGGCGGGUGUCCUGCUCUUGGGUGGGCCCCGCAGUGCCUGCGCCCUAGGCGCCGGCCGGGACGAGGGGCUGGCUGGGUCUGAGCCCGGAGAAACGCAAGGGCCUGCCCGGGGUGGGCGCGGAGGUGGCCUAGGAGGGCCUGCGGAGCGUGCUGAGCCGCUCUAAGCCUCCCGGCCGCUUGCCACGCCCGGCGCGCACCUGCCCUUCGAGGCGGCAGAGCCAGCAGGCGGCCGAGGCACGGCCGGGCCACGCGGCAUCCCCUAAAGCUGGAGCUCACCGUCUCUUCCUUACCUUUUAAGCGACCGCAGUCGUGCCCAGACAGCCGGCUUGGCCCAGACUCCAUUUUGGAACUUCGCAGGCUGGGGGACGAAGUAAACACAUUUAUGGAAAAACCGCGGGGUUAGGAAGUUUGCGGAAAGAGGGCGCAGCUCGUCGGUGGUUGGAAAUUCUGUCUAUCCCUCGGGAAAACCAAACGGUUCCGCAACCAACGUACACACACUUAAGGGCGGGAAAGGUGUGAAGCCCGCUGCUGGGGAGCUGCCUCCCUUUUGAUGAAAAGGAAAUGUGAAGAGCAGAAACGCUCUUCGUGUUACCACCCCUGAGACUUGGGGAGUGUGAAAGAAGAGAACGCUCCCUCCAACUCUCCCAAAUUGAGAAAAGCUGCGGGAGGAAUGAAGCAGUUGGAGAGAGGGGACCGCAGGUAUCCCGCAGCUGAGGCUCAGGACUGAGCUCUAGAAUGAAAGCACCCCUAUGGGACCCACCAGGGAAAACAUUAAAAAAAAAAAAAAAAUCUAAAUGCUUAGGCAUUCUGCUGCUUCCGUUCUGUGUGUCAAAUCUACUUUGAAGCAGUUAAGUACUGUAGGAUAUUAAACACUCGGCUCUCCGUUUCAAGCUCACUUUUUAAUCUUUGCGAACUUAAAAUGGGAAAGACAGAAAAAAAGAUCUGCGACCCCUGUUUAUGCUUUACCAAAGGAACGAAAAAUUCUCUCCACCUCGGCAUAAAUAAAAUAGGAAGAUUUUUAUCUUAAUAAAAUAUAUCUGGGAGCUUCUGCCUGAUUCCCCAAUUACUGCUUAGCCUUUUGACUGUUUUUAGCCUCUGCUUAUAUUUGUCUACUUCCCCGCACGAUGGAGAUUUUUAAAAAUUGUCCUUUGGGGAGUCUCAUCCCAAACCAUCUUUCGACGGAACACUUUUGAAUUGUACAGCCUCUUGGUUGAAGAUCUAGUUCCUCAAAGUGCGGGCUUGCCGUGGGGGUAACGCAAAUCCACUCUGGCGACUCGUCUGGGACGAAGGGCGUUUUUGCUUAGUUUUAUCACACAGAUUUCAUCUGAAAAGAAGCUGCUUAAAAUGGCUGUGUAUCAUUUCCUUCCUGUCACUCGGUCACCCCCAUUCCAGAGUGGUUGAGGUGCCUUCUGCAGGUUCACUCACACAAGACCAAACCUUUAGAAGAACUUGAAAAAUGUAUCACUGUACGUUGAAUUCGAUUAACUUUCCUGGCGACUGAACAGUGAACUCAAUUUUUGCUGGGAAUGAAGAUGUGAAUGUUUUGAAAAACUAGAAUCGCAUUUUUCUAAAUUUUAAAAAUGAUUGUUCUUCACCCAUUCCAGAUGGAUUCUUUAUUGUUUGCCAAUGGGUUGCAGAUGCCCACUCCUUUAACCAAGUUAGCUUACUGCAUAUGAAAUGAACAUUUGCUGCUUAAAGCUUAAAUAUUGGAAGAAAUUUCUCCUGGGGCAUUCCACACGUCUUUGCAAUAAUUACUAAAUUAGUCAAUUGUCACCUCUAUAAACAAAUUUCGUUUAGAAAACAGCAGGCGAAAGCAGACUACACAUGUAGUCAUAAUUGACCAAAAGUAUGUACAAAGCUGUUUAAAACCGGGGAAAGAGUGAUUUGUGUUGGAGAAUACAGUCUAGAACUGAUUGAUUUCACUCUACGAAGAAGGUAGUUGUAUUGAAUAUGUUAAGAUGUGCAAAUUAAGCCGGCGAGCGCACCAAAUAAAACAACUAAAUGUCCUUUGGGUUUCUCUGCAGGGUCUUUGAGAGGCAGAGAAGCAGUAGUUGAGUUUCUAACAGUAUGAGGAAAAGUAUGAGAAGGAAGGGGGUGGGCUUUGUGUUUUGUGUGAGUUUUGAACUGAGUCACCUACAACUGCGUCUCUGUAACAGGGAAAUCUCAAGCAAACCUGUGCCUUUAAGACUCAGUUGCUAUCCAAACACAAGUAAACAGAGUGGACCAUUAGCAGACGCCGGGCGCGAAGGCGGAGCUAGGGCGCUUAGGGCCCCGCGCGGCGGCGGGACGCCGGCCCGAAGGGGAGGCGGGGCCGCUACUAAAGCCCACGACUCCCAGCCCGGGGCAGCCUGGGGAGGGACGCGGGCGGGGACGGAGCUCGGCGCGCUUGCUGCUGGAGGGUGAUGGCCCUGCAAGGCUGCGGUCUCCAACCUCAUUCGAAGUCGGCAGCGAGAGGCUCGCCGAGGCGCGGGGUUCUGGGCGAGCGCUGAGCGCCCGCUCCAAGCACCCCGGGCCUUUACAUAGUCGGCGUUCACAGACGAAGACGUGGAUCCGCUCUCGCUUUCGCUGCUCGCGGUCCUCCAGAUCAUGUCCGCGACUCCCGCCGCUCCGCGCGGGAAAAGAAGUUUGCCAGACGUGGACUCGGUGAUCUUUCCAAGCUGUGCGCCUCGCUGCCUGGACCAGGUCUGAGCCGGGCUGCCCAAGCAGACCUUUCUCCCGGAGAGAUUUGUCUACGUGCUGUUGUCUCACUGGGUUUUUGCCGGAGCCCCAAGCCCUCCCGCCUCUGAGUCCUGGAAGAAAGGAGUAGUCCCUUCAGCUCCCCAGCAUCCCGGAAAAUGGGGAGCAAGGCCCUGCCAGCGCCCAUCCCACUCCACCCGUCGCUGCAGCUCACCAAUUACUCCUUCCUGCAGGCCGUGAACACCUUCCCGGCUGCGGUGGACCACCUGCAGGGCCUGUACGGUCUCAGCGCGGUGCAGACCAUGCACAUGAACCACUGGACGCUGGGGUAUCCCAAUGUGCACGAGAUCACCCGCUCCACCAUCACGGAGAUGGCGGCGGCGCAGGGGCUUGUGGAUGCGCGCUUCCCCUUCCCGGCCCUGCCUUUUACCACCCACCUAUUUCACCCGAAACAGGGGGCCAUUGCCCACGUCCUCCCAGCCCUGCACAAGGACCGGCCCCGUUUUGACUUUGCCAACUUGGCAGUGGCUGCCACGCAAGAGGAUCCUCCUAAGAUGGGAGACCUGACCAAGCUGAGUCCGGGGCUGGGUAGCCCCAUCUCAGGCCUCAGUAAAUUGACUCCGGACAGAAAGCCCUCUCGAGGGAGGUUGCCCUCCAAAACGAAAAAAGAGUUUAUCUGCAAGUUUUGCGGCAGACACUUUACCAAAUCCUACAAUUUGCUCAUCCAUGAGAGGACCCACACGGACGAGAGGCCGUACACGUGUGACAUCUGCCACAAGGCAUUCCGGAGGCAAGAUCACCUGCGGGAUCACAGGUAUAUCCAUUCCAAAGAAAAACCCUUCAAAUGUCAGGAGUGUGGGAAAGGAUUUUGUCAGUCCAGAACUCUAGCAGUUCACAAAACUUUACACAUGCAGGAAUCUCCACACAAAUGUCCCACAUGUGGAAGAACCUUUAAUCAGAGAAGUAAUCUGAAAACUCACCUUCUCACCCAUACAGACAUCAAGCCCUACAGCUGCGAGCAGUGCGGCAAAGUGUUCAGGCGAAACUGUGAUCUGCGGCGGCACAGCCUGACUCACACCCCGCGGCAGGACUUCUAGAGAAGCCCAGGAUCUGUCCCGUGCCGCCGCUGCUCCCCUCCCCAGACACCUCUCCACGUCUCCUACCAGGGGGGUCGCACCCCUAGCCCUUCACUGACCCCAGCUCUUCCCUUGCUGCAGCCGCACCUGCAGCUCCAGGGAGAUAACUCUUCUUCUGGGGGACUGAGAACUGUAGAAAGCCACACACUACAUCCUUUCACAAAGAGUAUAUGCUAGUUUCUUGUAGAUAUUCACAGCUCAUUUUAGAGCUCUGUACAUAAUGUUGUGGGCCUUUGUUUUGUUGUUUUGUUUGUUUUUGUAUCUUGUCGGAUGCACCUAGAUAUGGAAAAUGGAAGCCAAAUUUUAUCUUUAAAGACUGUAUUUCCAAAAUAAAAGUUUUUCUUGUUUGUUUCAACA